AUGGACAACACAGCCAUGUUGGACGUGCUGAAACGCGUGGAGAGCAAGCUGGACUGCCUGGCUACUCAGAACACCAAUCUGAACAGUGAGAUGAAGGAGAUGCUCAUCCAGAUUUCAGCCAACAAGUGUCCUUGUCUUUCAUCCACCACCAGCACCACUACCACCACCAGUGGCAUGUAUUCCACCGCUGGCAGCAGCAGCAGCAGUAGCUGUAACAGCAACAUCAUCGAAGUGGACCAGUGCAUUGAUCUGCUGUACAGCGAAGCAGUGACCACCAUAAAGACCGACGUGCAGCUCAUCAAAACGACUGACAAACCGUUUGUCGCUCCAGCCAAACCAGAGAUGCCCAUCGUUUCGGAGCCCUCCACCUCUAAAUCAACCGAUGACACUGCUGAAAAAAUUGAGAAGCUGGCUGAGAAAUUCGCCGAAAUGCCUACUGAAAAGUCUACAGAAAAGGCUCCUGAGCCAUCACCUUCAUCCUCCUCAGGCAAACACCAUUCGUUCAGCAGUAUCGUUAAGGAAGCGCUGUUGCCUGCUCUGAAGCUGACCAGCAAGCAGACAGCUGCUUCCAAGUCAGCUGCUCCAGAGGUGCAGAAGAAGAGCAAGAAGGCGACUGAUGGCACUGAUGGUGGUGGUGGCCAAUACAUGACCCUUCGCUCUGGAAAGGUGAGAGGCGGUGGCGCCGGAAAAGAAACAGCUGUGGCUUUAACUUUAGCGACCGGUACCACCACCACCAGUCAGUCAGGCAAAGGGGUGGCGAAGAAGGGCCCCAAGAAGCAAACCUCCUCAAAGAGCCUGCUCACAUCUCAGUCUUCAGCGGCGGCGGCGGCGGCCAGUGGCAGUGCCGGCGGCUCCGCUUUCAAUCGCCGAGCCGCCAUCAAGAGGACCAGAUCUGCCCAGCCGCACCAGCAGCAUCAGCAGCAGGCAUCUGGUAAGAGCUUGGUAGUAACGGCGACGAAACAGUUGAUUGCCAGCGGUGCCGUCAUAUCGCCCGUUUCUCGCUUCAAGCAGCAAGUUGCCGCCGCAGUUGUCGUCCCUGUCGGAGAUGAAGAGGCCUACGUGCCUGAGGUGCUAGUGAACAGCAGCGGCAGCAACACUGCCACAGGUGGUGAUCCAAAGGAGCCGCCCCCAGUCACCGUCAGUCAUUCUGUUCAGUUCAGCACUCCGCCGAACAACUUUGACCACAAGCCGGAGCUGCCCGUUGCCGAUCGCCUCAAGGCCUGGGAGAUUCGUUCCACCAAGAAGAACUAA